AUGCCAAAAACAAUAGCGGACACAGGUGCGACACUCAAUUGUGUCACACUAAACUUCGUGAUGGAAAACAAGCUGCCAACCACGAAAUGUCAAAAAAGAAUAUUAGGCGUAAGCGGCCCAGAGAUUAUAAAGCAUAAAAUCAUAGCAAUAGUCAGACCAUGGUUUGAUAGCGAGUUUGCAAUCAAAACCGAAUUUUUUGUCCUAAAACAACUGGAUGGAAUUUAUCCAGAACGACAAAUCAACGUAGCCAAAGAUGAAAUAAAACAUUUAGUUUUAGCAGAUGAGAAUUUCGAUAUGCCAGCUCCAAUAGAUGCACUAAUUGGAGUAGAAAUGUACUCAGAUAUAAUAGAACCCGGUUUAUAUAAGCAUAAAGACGGUGCAAUAAUGCAAGCUACACGAUUUGGUCACAUAAUAUUAGGCAAAUUUAUUACUAAGCAUCAAACUAAUGAUUUAAUCGCAUUAAAUGCUAUGCAAAAUGAUGUUUUUAAUAUAAAUAAAGAUAAAAAUGAAAAAUUACAGAAUGCAUUAUCUAAAUUCUGGGAAAUUGAGGACACAAACAAAUGCGAAAGCAAAAUAAUCUUGAGUGAAGAACACCGCAUGGUGGAAGAAUUGUUUAAGAAAACAUACUACAGAGAAGCAAAUGGUAGGUAUGUUGUAACUAUUCCAAUUAAACCAAAAUGCAAAGGUUUAGGCCAUUCAAAAGCUAUGGCAAAAAAGCAAUUCAUGCAGUUGGAAAGCAGGUUUAGAAAAAACCCUGAAUUGAAACAAAAAUAUACAGAAUACAUGAAUGAAAAUAUGAAGCAUGGCUACAUGCGCCUAGCUGACAAGCCAAAAGCCGGCGAAUUAUGCAAUUGGAUACCACACCAUGCAGUUUUGAAAAAAUUCAGAGUAGUGAUGAAUGCAUCACAGCCAACAUCAAAUGGUGAAUCACUAAAUUCAAUUCAAAUGAAAGGCCCAAAGCUACAGUAUGACUCUCAACUACAAACAAUGCGUUUUAGGAGACAUAAACAUGCAGUAGCGACGGACAUUACAAAAAUGUUCAAUAAAGUUGGACUUAAUCCCAACCAAUGGAAUUUGCAUAGAUUAUUCUGGCGUGAUUCCGAAAAUAAAGAGCUCAAAGAAUAUGUUAUGACAGUAGUGAUUUUUGGCGAGGCUUCAUCACCAUACAAUGCAGUACGAUCGAUGAUUCAAUGCGCAAAAGAUCACGCAGAUAAAUAUCCAAUGGCAUCAGAAACAAUCAUAACAUCAUUUUAUAUGGAUGACGGAAUUUUCGGAUGUGAUACUAUCAUUGAGCUCAAAAUCUUAUGCAAAGAGGUUGAAUUCAUAUUAGGUCAAGGCCAUUUCACACUAAAAGGUUGGACAUCAAACUCUGAAGAAAUUGAAAAGUAUUUAAAUUCAUCAGCUUCCGAAGAAGUUAUCAUAGGAGAGAAAGAUGAAGAAAAAAUACUAGGCCUACGCUGGCUAAAGACGACUGAUGAAUUAUCAAUUGUCGUCAAAACAGAUGGAACAAAAAAAUGCAUCACUAAAAGAAGCAUUAUGAGUGAAAUUGCCAGAUUAUAUGAUCCAAAUGGGUUCAUAGCACCCAUAGUGGUCAGAGCAAAAAUGUUAAUGCAACAAAUUUGGCGGCUCAAAGAUAUAAACUGGGACGAUAAAGUUCCAGCAGAUAUAAGCAAGGAAUGGGCAGACAUCUAUGCAGAUCUCCCAUUACUGAAGAAUUUCAAAAUAAAUCUAGCUCCGCUAAAGGACAUGACAAUUCCAAGGCUGGAACUGCUUGCAGCACAUAUGCUAGUUGAACAAUUAGAAGCAAUUGUUGAUGCAUGCGGGUUUGAAUAUUCAAAUGUAACACUUUGGUCGGACUCAAUGGUAGUGUUAAGCUGGAUUAAAAAAUCACCUACCGAGUUAAAAGCAUUUGUGUCACACCGAGUACAAAGAAUACAAGAAAAAACAAAACAAUGCAAAUGGAAACAUGUACGAUCGGGUGACAAUCCAGCUGAUUUAGUUAGCAGAGGAAUGAAUAUGCAAAAAUUUCUAAAAAGCAAAUUAUGGUUAGAAGGCCCAAGCUGGCUAAGGCAAGCCGAAAAAGAAUGGCCAAUACCAAUGAUGAUAAUCUCGCCAGAUGAAAUAAAAGAGAUAGAAAAAGAAUGCAAAGCAAAAGAGCCGGUGGAAAAAAUUUUCAAUAUGACUUCGGGAGUAGACCGUACAGUCCUUUACAAUAAAUUCCAAAGCUGGAACAAAAUAUUGAAUGUCACCGCCUAUGCACUUAGAGCAAUUCGUAAAAUCAAGCCAAAGACUAUAUUUAUAACAUCCGAAGAACGAAACAAUGCGAUCGAAUAUUGGAUUAAAUACGAACAAAACAUAGCGUUUAAGACGGAACUCAAAUGCAUUAAAACAGGCGAUAUGCUGCCACCCAAAAGUACGAUUACGUCACUCAGGCCAUUCAUAGAUAAAAAUGGCUUGCUAAGAGUAGGCGGACGUAUAGACAAAGCAAACAUUGCAUACGAAAAAAGGCAUCAAUAUAUCAUUCCUCAAAAGUCAAGACUCUCCUUUCUGUUGUUGAAUCACGCGCACGAAAUGACUAUGCAUGGUGGUGUACAAAUGAUAAUGCACUACAUCCGGAAAAGAUUUUGGAUCCCAAAAUUAAGAUUCGAAACACGAAAAUUUAUCGGAACAUGCACACGAUGUGUUAAGCUAGCACAGAUCACGGCAGAUCAAAUAAUAGCUGAACUGCCAGCAAUAAGACUAAGACCAGCGCCGCCAUUUCAGCAUGUCGGCGUCGAUAUGGCCGGUCCAUACCAAAUGCGAGUAUCAAAUAAAAUAAACGCAAAUACAAGAGCUCGACAAAUGCCAGAUAUGAAAGGCUGGAUAGCAGUAUUCGUUUGUCUCGUCACUCGUGCCAUUCACUUAGAAGCUGUUGAAGGCAUGUCAUCAGAUGAUUUUCUCGUCGCCUACACAAAAUUCACAAGCAGAAGAGGCGACCCAGAGAAGAUCUACAGCGACAACGGUACGAAUUUCAUAGGCGCAAAUAAAGAGCUGAAAAAUGCGUUGGAAAGUUGGCAAAGCAGCCAAGUUCAACGAUACGUGCAUUUAAAAGGUACAGAAUGGAAGUUUAUAACUCCAUCAGCUCCACAUGAAGGAGGCAUUUGGGAAGCUGCAGUUAAGCAAAUGAAGCAUCAUUUGAAACGCGUCAUUGGUGUACAGAAAUAUUCAUUUCAAGGCAUAACCGCCCUGCUAGCUGGCGUUGAAGCAUGUCUGAAUUCCCGCCCACUAUGCAAAUUAUCAGACGAUCCAGACGAUCAACAGCCACUAACACCUGCACAUUUUUUAAUUGGCAGACCAUUAAAGCUACCGAUGUACGAAAAAGCAGAUUCGCCACCAUAUAGCUUAAAGCGGCUAUAUGUGCAAUUGCAAUUCCAAAUACAAGCAUUUUGGAAGCAGUUCUCGAAUGACUACAUACAGUCACUCUCGCAAUUGCCCAAAUGGAAAACAGAACAAUCGAAUCUGAAAAUCGGUCAACUGGUCGUAGUCAAAGCUGACAACAUUGCACCUACAUACUGGGCAAUGGGAAGAAUCAUGCAGAUUCAUAAAGGUGAAGAUG